GGUGUACCUCAGUUACCAUGUGCCAAAGCAUUGUAUAACUACGAGGGAAAAGAACCUGGAGAUCUUAAAUUCAGUAAAGGAGACAUCAUCAUUUUACGUCGACAGGUGGAUGAAAAUUGGUAUCAUGGAGAAGUCAAUGGCAUCCAUGGCUUUUUUCCUACCAACUUUGUUCAGAUUAUUAAACCUUUACCUCAACCUCCGCCUCAGUGUAAAGCACUUUAUGACUUUGAAGUAAAAGACAAGGAAGCAGAUAAAGACUGCUUACCAUUUUCAAAGGACGAUGUUCUGACUGUAAUCCGCCGAGUGGAUGAAAACUGGGCAGAAGGAAUGUUGGCUGACAAGAUAGGAAUAUUUCCAAUCUCAUAUGUUGAGUUCAACACAGCAGCCAAGCAGCUGAUAGAGUUGGAUAAGCCCUCAGGCUCUGCUGUAGACUCUGGAGAAGGAACCUCUGGGGCAGCCCACAACAGUUCAGCCCAAAAGCACACUGAUACUAAGAAAAACACCAAAAAGCGGCACUCUUUUACCUCCCUCACUAUGUCCAACAAGUCUUCGCAGUCUUCUCAGAAUCGCCAUUCGAUGGAAAUUAGUCCUCCUGUCCUCAUUAGCUCCAGUAACCCAACUGCAGCAGCCCGCAUAAGUGAGCUGACAGGACUUUCCUGUAGUGCCCCUUCUCAGGUUCAUAUUGGUACCACAGGGCUAAUUGUGACUCCACCUCCUAGCAGCCCAGUUACAACAGGGCCUUCAUUUACCUUCCCAUCUGAAGUUACCUACCAAGCAGCUCUUGGUAAUACGAAUCCCCCUCUUCCACCGCCACCACCUCUCUUGUCUGCCGCAAUCAUUGCAUCAGCGUCUUCGGGACCUCCAUCUGCAGGUGUAAUACAAAGGCCUACAUCAGGAUCAGCUGACCAAAUGGCACAUUUACGACCCCAGAGUCGACCAAGUGUAUACAUUGCUAUAUAUCCAUACACUCCUCGAAAAGAUGAUGAACUGGAACUGCGGAAGGGAGAAAUGUUCUUAGUGUUUGAACGCUGCCAAGAUGGCUGGUUCAAAGGAACUUCCAUGCAUACAAGCAAGAUUGGUGUUUUUCCUGGCAAUUAUGUGGCUCCAGUUACAAGGACAGUGACAAGUGCAUCCCAAACGAAAGUUCCCAUGUCUACUGCUGGCCAAACAGGACGAGUGGUAACUAUGGUCAGCCCUUCCACUGCUAGUGGAACAUCUCAGAAGCUCCAGGGGAAUGGUGUGGCAGCGAACUCCAGCACAGUACCCACAGCUGUGGUUUCUGCAGCACAUAUCCAAACCAGUCCACAAACCAAGGUCCUUGUGCACAUGACAGGACAAAUGACAGUCAACCAAGCUCGCAAUGCUGUUAGAACAG